AAUCUGUCAUUCUAAUCCCCACCCAAAACCCCCUUCGUUUCGCUCUUCUUCUGCUCCCUCUGUCUGUCCGUCUCUCUCUCUCUCUCUCUCUCUCUCUCGAAGUCCCCAACAAUGGCGACUCGUUCGCUGCUCCUCUCUCUGCUCCUCUCCUUCCUCCUCCUCCUCCUCCUCCUCCUCCUCGCCUCCCCGUGCCUCUCCGCCUCCCGCGGCUCGUUCCUCAAGCUCCCCCUCCUCCACCGCCCCUCUCCCCCCCGGUCCCUCUUCCGCCGCGGCCGCUCCGCCGAGUCCCCCGUCACCUCCGGCGCCCCCUUCGGCGCCGGCCAGUACUUCGUCGCCCUCCACCUCGGCACCCCUCCCCAGCCCCUCCUCCUCGUCGCCGACACGGGCAGCGACCUCGUCUGGGCCCGCUGCUCCGCCUGCGGCGUCGGCGGCGGCUGCUCCCGCCGGGCCCCCGGCUCCGCCUUCCUCGCCCGCCGCUCCUCCUCCUUCCGCCCCCACCACUGCUACUCCGCGUCCUGCCGCCUCGUCCCCCGCCCCUCCCCCGCGCGCUGCAACCGCACGCGCCUCCACAGCGCGUGCCGCUACGAGUACACCUACUCCGACGGCUCCCUGUCGAGCGGCUUCUUCUCCAGGGAGACCGUCACCCUGAACACGACGAGCGCCGAGGCCAAGACGGCGGCGAGGCUCGAGGGGCUCGCCUUCGGCUGCGGGUUCCGGGCGUCGGGUCCGAGUGUGACCGGGUUGAGCUUCAAUGGGUCCCAGGGGGUCAUGGGCCUGGGCCGUGGGCCCAUCUCGUUCUCCUCCCAGCUCGGCCGCCGCUUCGGCAGCAACAAGUUCUCCUACUGCCUCAUGGACUACACUCUCUCUCCUCCGCCUACCAGCUACCUCAUCAUCGGCGACGGCCCCGGAGAAGACAACGCCGCCCCCUCCUCCACCCUCGCGUUCACUCCGCUGCUUGCCAACCCCCUCGCGCCCACGUUCUACUACGUGGGCAUCAAGCGCGUGCACGUCGACGGCGAACGGCUGCCCAUCGACCCCUCCGUCUGGUCCCUCGACGAGCUCGGCAACGGCGGCACCAUCGUCGACUCCGGCACGACCCUCACGUUCCUGGCGGAGCCGGGGUACCGCCUGAUCCUGGCGGCGAUGAUGCGGCGCGUGGGGCUCCCGGCGGCGGGGAGUGCGCCGCCGGGAUUCGACCUGUGCGUGAACGUGACGGGGGUCCGGCGGCCGAGGCUGCCGAGGCUGAGCCUCGUGAUGGAGGGGGGGGCGGUGCUGGCGCCGCCGGUGAGGAACUACUUCAUAGAGGUGGCGGAGGGGGUGAGGUGCCUGGCGGUGCGGCCGGUGGAGACGGAGCGGGGCGGGCUCUCGGUGAUAGGGAACGUGAUGCAGCAGGGGUACCUGUGGGAGUUCGACGGGGACAGGUCGCGGCUCGGUUUUUCACGUCGCGGCUGCGCCGCCGCGUCGUGACUCGGGCGGGUGGGGGGGGACUGAGUUCGGGCCUCCGAGUUUCAAUGUUUUGGUGGGGUUGUGGGAUCAAACUUGCAAAAAUGAUUUCUUCGGAUUUUUUUUUCCACGUUUUUUUUUUAUUUUAUUAUCAUUUUUCGCUUUUUCUUACGAUCGGAAAAUUCACCAUUGGACCGCACUUGCGAGAUGGCAGCUUGGUUCUUUUGUAUUUUCCCUCCAAGAAAUAUGUGAAUUAGUUGUUUUCACUCA